AUGAAUGGCUCGCACCUUCGACUAAGAGUUGUUUCCGUGCGAGUGGGCGUGGAUGCUGCGGAGGACGCAGGGAACUCGCUUGACGCCAUCCAGGGCCGGCUGAAUUCAGUGACCUAUGAGGAUGUGCACAUUAGCUUCACUCAGGAUGAGUGGGCUUUGCUGAAUCCUUCCCAGAAGAGUCUCUACAAAGAUGUGAUGCUGGAGACAUACAGGAACCUCACUGCUAUUGGCUACAGUUGGGAAGAUCAUAAUUUUGAAGAGCAUUCUCAAAAUGCUAGAAAAGAUGGAAGGUAUGAAAGAAACCAUAAUGGAGAAAAACCAUCUGAAUAUACUCAAUGUGCUAAAGACUUUGCAUGUUACAGUCAUCUUCAAAGGCUUGAAAAAUUUUAUUCUGCAGAGAAGCCAUAUGAUGGUAUUCAAUAUGAUGAAACCAUUGGAGGUACCAGUUCUCUCCAAUUACUUAAAAGUACACAUGCUGAUGAGAAUCUCUAUGAAUGUAAUCAAUGCGAUAAAGACUUUUCAUAUGUCAGAAGUCUUCAAGUUCACAGAAGAACACAUACUGAAGAGAAAACUGAUGAAUGUAGUCAAUGUGAUAAAGCUUUUUCAAAAAGCUCCAAACUCCAAAUACAUGAAAGAACACAUACUAAAGAGAAACUCUAUGAAUGUAAUGAAUGUGGCAAAGUAUUUGCACGUCAAUAUAAUUUCCAAAUACAUAAAAGAACACAUACUGGAGAGAAACCCUACACAUGUAAUCAAUGUGGUAAAGCCUUUUCACAGAAGAGUAAAAUUCGAGUACAUCAAAGGACACAUACUGGAGAGAAACCUUAUCAGUGUAAUCAAUGUGGUAAAGCCUUUUCACAGAACAGUAGUCUUCAAGUACAUCAAAGGACACAUACUGGAGAGAAACCUUAUCAGUGUAAUCAAUGUGGUAAAGCCUUUUCACAGAACUUUAGUCUUCAAGUACAUCAAAGGACACAUACUGGAAAGAGACCUUAUCAGUGUAAUCAAUGUGGUAAAGCCUUUUCACAUCAAUCUAGUCUCCAAAUACAUAAAAGAACACAUACUGGAGAGAAACCCUUUGAAUGUAAGCAAUGUGAAAAAGCUUUUUCAGAGCACUCUAAACUCCAAAUACACAAAAGAACACAUACUGGAGAGAAACCCUAUGAAUGUAAUCAAUGUGGUAAAGCCUUUGCACAUCAAUAUACUCUCCAAAUACAUAAAAGGUCACAUACUGGAGAGAAGCCAUAUGAAUGUAAUCAAUGUGAUAAAGCCUUUUCACAACUCCGUAGUCUAAAAACACAUAAAAGAACACAUACUGGAGAGAAACCUUAAUCAAUGUAGGAAAGACUUUGCAUGUCAUAGAAGUGAACACAUCCAUCAAAGAACACAUGCUGAAUAGAAACUAUACAAUUUUAGCCAAUGUGGCAGAGCCUUUGUAUGUGUAAUCAGGCUUUAAAAUCUUGGAGAAAAAAAAAACAUACUGCAAAGAAAUUCUUUUUUUUCUUUUUUGGUUUAUUGA